AUGCCGAAAAUCAAUCAUAUCGUAAUUGUUGGAGCUGGACCUUCCGGUCUUCUGCUAGGAGUCCUCCUUGCGAAGAACCUCGGCAUCAAAGUUACCAUCCUCGAUGCGGAUACUAAGAUUAAUGAUAACCCGAGAGCUGCUCACUACGCGCCUUCAGCAGUCUACGACUUCCAUCGCGCCGGCAUUAUAGAUGAUGUACGUGCAGUUGGUCUUCACCCCAAAGGUGUAUGCUGGCGGUUGCAAGACACAACCUUCUUGGCCGGCAUGGGUCGCGAGCCAGAAGAAUCAAAAUACUCAAUGGUGGUGCUGCCGCUAGAUCAAUUAGGUCCGCUGCUCGUAAAGCAUUUCGAAAGCUACCCCAACACAGAAAUUAAGUGGGGCCAUAAACUAGUCGGCGUGGAACAAGACGGCAAUGGUGCGACCGCAGUCGUGAAAACGAGAGACGGCGAGAAGAAGAAGAUCACUGGUGACUAUCUGGUGGGUGCUGAUGGCGCAUCAAGCGGUGUUCGCACCGCAUUGUUCGGGAAGGAAUAUCCAGGGGAGACAUUGAAGGCGCAGAUUGUUGCUACCAAUGUCUACCUACCAUUCGACGAGCGCUUCGACUACUGGGAUUCAAACUUCAUUGUUCACCCAACCGACUGGUAUAUGGCUGCUAAGAUCACAAACGACGGCUUAUGGCGAGUAACAUACGGCGACUCUGAAGAUCUCUCGAAAGAGGAGCUCGUGAAACGCCAACCGCUCCGCUACGAACAAAUUCUUCCUGGCCACCCAAAGCCCGAUGAGUACAAGCUCGUCAGCAUGAGUCCGUACAAACUCCAACAAAGAUGUGCACCCAGUUUCCGCGUAGGAAAGAUACUACUGGUCGCAGAUGCAGCGCAUCUAUGUAACCCAUUUGGUGGCAUGGGCUUGACAGGCGGUUUCGCUGACGUCGGCUCCCUCUACGACUGCUUCACAGGAAUCCAUCUCGACGAACUUGACGACUCCAUUCUCGAUAAAUAUUCCGAAAUCCGCAUCAAGAUCUGGCGCGAGAUGAUUGAUCCCAUGUCGCGCGAGAACUUCCACCGCCUCUGGGAUCCCACGCAUGAAGAGAAGAGGAAGGAGUUUUUCAAGAUGUGUGAGAAGGCGAGUGAUGAUCCGGUGUGGGGAAAGAGCGUUGCAGAGGCUAUUCAUCAGGUUAGACACGACUUCACGCAAUACUUCAAGAGUAAACAAAAGCAGAGUGGGAAGGCUAUGGGAGAUAUAGCGACAAGUAAUGGUGUGCUAGCGGAGAAUAGUGCGGCAGCGUAG